AGUAGCCAUGUCAGACGAAGAGGAAGAAGUUUCCUCUUUUAUAGAAGACGAACGAGUACAGUUUAUUGGAGAGACGCUUUUCCAAAAUUUAAAAAUUAAACCCGCAAGAUGGGAAAAAUACAUCGCUCUAGAGGAAAACCAAAGCGUUCUUACACGCUUUUUUGAGAAGGACAUCAGGGUGCUGGUCUUCAGCAUUACAUCGGCCGGGGAUUUAUACGCUUCGGAAGAAGUCCCACCUGAUUUGAAAAACAAAGCUUUAUAUGUUCUGAAGAAGGAACCUGCCAUCAUUCUUGCCGAAAAUUACAGGAAGUAUUUACUCUUUGGGGUUCUGUCACCGUCUCUUUUGGAGCAGUUGACGAAUACUGUGGAACAGGUGUGUGUGCCACUCUUGUCAAACGUGAAGAACCACUGGACGUGGCCACAGUUGAUGUCCCAGGAUGUAAUCUGGCACACAGAGAAUUUACGGAAUAAGGUUUUGGUCGUGAGGGGUCAGUUUUCUGGGAAAACUGUGCUUCCUAUUCCCGCUGUAACAGCCAGGAUCGAGGGAAGUCCACAGACCAGCAUCAAUAUGCAAAAUGGCCCUGACCGGUCUGUGGUUCAUGCCAUUGAGACCAUGGUCAUCAGCUGGACCCAUCAGAUCCGAGAGGUUCUGAAAGAAGAUUCUACCAAGCUUCUCCUUGAGGGUUUGGACCGAGGGCCUAGCACUGAGCUGGACUUUUGGAAAUCGAGGAAGGAGAACAUGCACAGCAUAUAUGAACAGCUCCAGAGUCCACUUGUCCAGAAGAUGAGGAAGAUUUUGGAAAUGACUGAGAGCAGCUAUUACCCAACUUUCAAAACAACAAUGCAGGAUGUAUUUGAUGCCUUGCAGGAGGCCCGGGACGUGGAGCUUCACUUGCGCCCUUUGCACAGGCUGCUGUCCCAACUGCAGGAGGAGGAAUUCCAGCGCCUGCAGCCCCUUGUCCCCCCGCUCUUCCAUUCACUCUGCCUCAUCUGGACCCACUGCCGCUCCUACCGCACGCCGGCGCGCAUCGUGGUGCUCCUGCAGGAGAUCUGCAACCUGUUCACCCAGCUGGCCACAGAUUUCCUGUCCCCUGAGGAUCUGUUGGAGGCAGAGACAGAGGAGGCCCUGGAGCAAGUGCAGGUGGCAGUGGGGCUCUUCAGGUGUGUAAAAGAGACAUUUUGGAUGUACCGGGACAGGCUGGUCAGUUACGGGACCUCCGCAGAGGGGCACUUGCCCUGGGACUUCCCCUCUUCCAUGGUGUUUGCACGCUUUGACCGCUUCCUGGCACGCCUCCUGCAGGUGGAGGACCUACUUGUCAUAAUUUUGGAGUUCCAGAGGCUGGAGAAGUUGGAAUUCGGGGGCAUUAAAGGAAAACUCUACAGUGAGCAGGUCUCCUGCAUGUACAGGGAAUUCCUGCAGCAUUGUCAGCAAUUCAAAGACAGUGAAUACAAUCCUCUGGACUACAACAGCCAGGAAUUUGAGUAUGACUAUGAGAGUUUCAAAGAGAAGGUCUUGGACUUUGAUCGCUCUCUUGCUACCCUUCUUAACCUGGCAUUUAAGGAUUGCUCUGGUUUGGAAUCAGCCUUCAAGCUGCUAGCUGUGUUUGGACACUUCCUGGAAAGACCUGUGAUCAAGGAGAUCUUCAGCCCUAAUUUCCUGGUCCUGCUGCAGCUCUUCAGUGAAGAGCUGGAGAGGUGUAAACAUCUGUAUGAUUCCCACUUAAAGGUGGAGAGCAAGAACAUGCCACUGGUGUCAGGCUCCAUCAAGUGGGCAAGAAUGCUGAAGGAGAGAAUCCAAACACCAUGGACAUAUUUCAGAUCCAUCCAUGAUGCGACCUUGGAAGGUGCAGAAAUGGAGCUAGUUUACCAGAAGUAUGUGGAGAUGUUGACUCUGCUGGACCAGUAUGAAGAGAAAGUCUACUCUAACUGGUGCAAUGGACUGAACCAGGUCUGUCAGAUGAAUCUGGACCAGCCCCUGAUCAAGAGAAAUGGAUCCACUGGCUUCCUCACUGUCAACUUCGACCCACAGCUUGUAGCUGUCCUGAAGGAUGUGAAGCACUUGCAGAUGCUAGAACAGACUAACAUCCCUGCAGCUGCCCUGGCUGUGUUUGAGAAGAAAGACACGUUUAUUGUGUAUGUGGGUGGUCUACAGCUUCUGGUCCAGUCCUACAACAAGCUUAAGCACACUAUGCUGGAGGUGGAGCUUCCCAUGGUUAGGGAGGAGAUUGCCGCUGUUGACAGGAAGCUACAGAGGGCAGAGUCGACCCUUACCUGGCAAGACCAGGACUGUUGGGAUUACAUCAGCGAUGUGAAGGACAGCAUCCAAGACCUGGGGCGUCGGGUCCAGAGGACCAAGGACAACGUGGACAUGAUCCAGAACCUGAUGAAGGGAUGGAGCGAGCAGGCUAUGUUCUGCAGGAAGGACAACAAAAGAGAUUCCCUGUUACUGCUGGAAGACAGAGCAGACCGGCUGGCCAAGAGGUACAGCGCCAUCCAACGAGAUGGACAGCUCAUCCACAGACUCAUAGAGGAGAACCGUUCCCUCUUCAGAGCUGAUCCUGGGUCAGACACAUGGCUUGCGUAUGUGGAGUAUGUGGACGAGAUGGUCGUGGAAGGUCUCUUCAGUGCCAUCACACGCUCCCUUGAGUUCUUUGUGGAGAAUACAGAGGGCGAGUUUCGGCAGACCCCUCUACUGGAGGCACAGAUGGUCCUGAGCACCCCCGUGAUCACCUUCCGCCCCUCCCUGGACCGGGAUGCUGGAGACGGGUUCUAUGACCUGGUGGAGGGGCUGCUGGGAGACAUAUUCAGGAUGUCUGCUCAGGUGAAGAGGGUGGCAGCGCAUCUGGGGAUGGAGAACUACCAGCAUGACAUGGACGACAUGCUAGACCUCGCAGACCUGCGGCAGGAGGUGAUGGAGCGAGUUGAUGAUGUCAUCAAGAAGGCCCUGCAGUAUCGCAGCGUCUUUGACUGCUAUGCGCACCUGUGGCUGGACGACAGGGCGGAGUUCAUGGGACAGUUCCUCCUGUAUGGGCAUGCGCUGACCGCUGAAGAGGUUGACGGUUUCGGGGAGGAUGUGUUUCCUGAGAGUCCGCCCACCAUUGAGCAGUUCAAGGAACAGAUUGAUAUUUAUGAAAACAUGUAUAUCCAUGUCAGCAAGACUGAAGAUUCCAAGGUGUUUGACAGUUGGUUCAGGGUAGACAUCAAGUCAUUCAAAAUGAGUCUGUUAAACACCAUAAAGAAGUGGAGCUGGAUGUUCAAGGAGCACCUCAUGACAUACGUCACAGACAGUCUGAAUGAGCUGGAGGAGUUUAUCAAGGUGACGGACAGAGGGCUGAAACAGCCAGUGAAAGAGGGGGACUACGGUGGCCUGGUGAAGGUCAUGGGACUCCUGCUUGCCGUCAGGGAUCGCCAGGUGAUCACAGACAAGCUGUUUGAGCCCCUGAAAGAUACCAUCACCCUGCUGGAAGGCUACGGCCAGCGGAUGUCUGAUCACGUCUACGCAAAACUGGAGGAACUUCCUGAAAAGUGGAGUAGCAUCAAGAAAUUGGCGGUGUCUGUUAAGCACGAGGUCGCGCCCCUGCAGACCGCGGAGGUGUCUGUCAUACGCAGGAAGUGUGUGGCCUUUGAGAUUAAACAAAGUGAAUUCAGAGAGAAGUUCAGAAUGGAUGCUCCCUUCAGCUACAAUGCUGUAAAACCAUACACUCAUCUCGAGAAAGCUCACAGGGAGAUCAGGGCACUGGAGGAGGAGAUGGCAGAGCUGCAGGAGUCUAGCCGCCUCUUUGAAGUGAACGUUCCAGACUACAGGCAGCUCAAACUCUGCCGCAGAGAGGUUGCCCUCCUCAAGGAACUGUGGGACAUGGUGGUGUACGUGCAUUGCAGCAUAGAGGACUGGACAAAGACUCAGUGGAGGGAGAUCAAUGUUGACCAGAUGGACACGGAGUUGAGGAGAUUCGCCAAAGACAUGCGGAAGCUGGACAAAGAGGUGCGCAGCUGGGAUGUGUAUAAUGGACUGGACCUGACAGUGAAAAACCUGAUGACCUCACUGCGGGCCGUGACUGAGCUGCAAAACCGAGCCAUUCGAGACCGACACUGGGCCCAGCUGGUCAGAACUGCUGGGGUGGAGUUCACCAUGACAGACAGCACCACCUUGGCCAAUCUGCUAGCCCUACAGCUCCACAGAGUCGAGGAGGAGGUUCGCAACAUUGUGGACAAGGCAGUCAAGGAGAUGACCAUAGAGAAGAUUCUGACUGAAAUCAGUCAGACUUGGACCACAAUGGAAUUUUCAUAUGAGGAGCACUGCCGAACCUCUACUCCACUCCUGAAAUCUGAUGAGGACCUGAUAGAGACUUUAGAAGAAAAUCAGGUGCAGCUGCAGGCAAUCCUACAGAGUAAACACGUGGAGUACUUCCGCUCCCAGGUGUCCGAGUGGCAGAAGCGUCUCACUAUGGCAGACACUGUGCUGCUGGUGUGGCUGGAGGUCCAGCGCACCUGGGCCCACCUGGAGAGCAUCUUCAUCGGCUCAGAGGACAUCCGGAGACAGCUGCCAGACGACACACACAGGUUCCUGUCCAUCGAUGCUGAUUUCAAGGAGCUGAUGUUUGACAGUGCUGAAACAAAAAAUGUCAUUGAAGCCACCAACAAGCCUAAUCUGUUUGAAAGACUGGAGGAUUUGCAGAAAAGACUGGCACUGUGUGAGAAAGCAUUAGCUGAAUACUUGGAGACAAAGCGACUAGCGUUUCCACGGUUUUACUUCAUCUCGUCUGCAGACCUGCUAGAUAUCCUUUCCAAAGGGAGCCAGCCUGAAAAGGUCACACGACACCUGGCCAAAUUGUUCGACAACAUCGCAGACCUGGAGUUUUUGCGGGAGGAGGGAAUGGAGAAGAGUAAUGUUGCAGUGGGAAUGUUCAGUAAAGAAAGGGAAUAUGUUCCGUUCCAAACUUACUGUAACUGCACUGGUCAGGUAGAGACGUGGCUGACCCGUCUAGAGGACACCAUGCGGGGGACAGUGCGGCACCACCUGGCUGAGGCAGUGACAGUGUACGAGGACAGGCCAAGGGAGCAAUGGGUGCUGGAGUACCCUGCCCAGGUGGCCCUCACCGGCUCCCAGAUCUGGUGGACAACCGACCUCGGUAUCGUGUUCGAAAGGCUAGAGGAGGGAUUUGAAACAGCCCUCAGAGACUACCACAAGAAACAGAUCGCUCAGCUGAACUCCCUGAUCAACAUGUUGCUAGGAGAGCUGUUGCCAGGCGACCGACAGAAGAUCAUGACCGUGUGUACCAUAGACGUCCAUGCCAGAGAUGUUGUGUCAAAGCUCAUCUCUCAGAAGGUGAACAACGCGCAGGCCUUCACCUGGCUGUCCCAGCUUCGUCAUCGCUGGGAUGAAGAACAGAGGCAUUGCUUUGUCAACAUCUGUGACGCGCAGUUCCCCUACUCUUACGAGUACCUGGGGAACACACCUCGCCUGGUCAUCACUCCUCUAACAGACAGGUGUUAUGUGACGCUGACGCAGUCUCUGCACCUGACGAUGAGUGGGGCACCAGCCGGGCCUGCUGGUACCGGAAAGACUGAGACCACUAAGGAUCUGGGCAGGGCGCUGGGGGUCAUGGUUUAUGUCUUCAACUGCUCAGAGCAAAUGGACUAUAAGUCCAUAGGGAAUAUCUACAAAGGCCUUGCGCAGACCGGAGCCUGGGGCUGCUUCGACGAGUUCAACCGCAUCUCUGUGGAGGUUCUGUCUGUGGUUGCCGUCCAGGUGAAGAGCAUCCAGGACGCCGUUCGCAGUAAGAAGAAGAGGUUUAUGUUCCUGGAGGAGGAUAUUGCUCUGAAGUCCUCUGUGGGGAUCUUCAUCACCAUGAACCCUGGCUAUGCGGGCCGAACAGAGCUGCCUGAGAACCUCAAAGCCCUCUUCAGGCCCUGCGCCAUGGUGGUGCCUGACAUCCAGCUCAUCUGUGAGAUCAUGCUGGUGGCCGAGGGCUUCCUGGAAGCUCGUGUCCUGGCCAGGAAGUUCAUCACUCUCUACACACUCUGUCGAGAGCUGCUGUCCAAACAGGACCACUAUGACUGGGGUUUACGAGCAGUCAAGUCUGUCCUGGUGGUGGCAGGUACGUUAAAGAGAGAGGACAAGACCCGUCCGGAGGAGCAGGUUUUGAUGCGUGCCCUGAGAGACUUUAACCUGCCAAAGAUUGUGACAGAUGACGUGCCCAUCUUCAUGGGCCUUAUUGGGGACUUGUUCCCAGCACUGGAGGUACAGCGGAGGAGGGACCCCGAGUUUGAGCAGGCGGUGAGGCGGACAACCAUAGAGCUCCACCUACAGCCUGAGGAAACCUUUGUUCUCAAGGUCGUCCAACUGGAGGAACUUCUGGCUGUACGUCACUCUGUGUUUGUGGUAGGAAGUGCAGGAACAGGCAAAAGCCAGAUAUUAAAAACCCUGAAUAAAACCUACUCUAACCUGAAGAGGAAGCCGGUCUGGAGUGACCUGAACCCGAAGGCGGUGAGCACGGACGAGCUUUUCGGUUUCAUCCACCCAGCGACACGGGAGUGGAAAGAUGGUCUCCUAUCUUCCCUGAUGAGAGAGCAGGCCAACAUCUCACACCAUGGACCCAAGUGGAUUGUUCUGGAUGGGGAUAUUGAUCCCAUGUGGAUUGAGUCUCUCAACACCGUGAUGGAUGAUAACAAGGUCUUGACGCUGGCUAGCAACGAACGAAUCCCCCUCACCCCUUCCAUGAGGCUGGUGUUCGAGAUCAGCCACCUGAGAACAGCCACGCCCGCCACUGUUUCCAGGGCAGGAAUCCUCUAUGUUAACCCUCAGGACCUGGGCUGGAACCCGUUUGUGGCCAGCUGGAUUGACACCAGACCCCACCAAUCAGAGAGGGCCAACCUCACCAUCCUAUUUGAUAAGUACAUCCCUCCUUGUCUGGAACAGCUGAGGAGCUCCUUUAAGACCAUCACCCCCAUCCCAGAGAUCAGCAUGGUGCAGACUCUCUGCUCCCUGCUGGACUGUCUCCUCAUCCCAGAGAACAUCCCCCCUGACUCCCCACGGGACAUCUACGAGACGUACUUUGCCUUCGCCUGUGUCUGGGCCUUUGGCGGAGCACUGUACCAGGACCAGCUCCAUGACUACCGGGUUGAAUUCAGCCAAUGGUGGAUGAAAGAGAUGAAAGCAGUCAAGUUCCCAGCACAGGGGUCAGUGUUUGAUUACUGCCUGGACCCACUGACCAGGCGCUUCCUGCCCUGGGGUGACCGUGUGCCCACGUUUGAAAUGGAGGCAGACACGUCUCUGCAGGCAGUUCUAGUCCACACCUCAGAGACCGUGCGUUUGCGGUACUUCGUGGACUUGCUGGUGGAGAGGAAUCAGCCACUGAUGCUGGUGGGGAACGCUGGAGUGGGGAAGACUGCCCUGGUGGGGGACAAGCUCUGCAAUCUGUCUGAGAGCUACAUGGUGACGCGUGUGCCCUUCAACUACUACACCACAUCCGCCAUGCUGCAGAAGGUGCUGGAAAAGCCCCUGGAGAAAAAAGCUGGCAGAAACUAUGGUCCCCCAGGGAACCGGAAACUCAUCUACUUCAUCGACGAUAUGAACAUGCCAGCAGUGGACGGCUAUGGGACAGUCCAACCUCACACUCUCAUCCGACAACACCUGGACUACAGACACUGGUAUGACAGACAGAAAUUAUCUCUCAAAGAGGUCCACAACUGUCAGUAUGUUGCCUGUAUGAACCCAACAGCUGGGAGCUUCACAAUCAACCCCAGGCUCCAGAGACACUUUUCUGUGUUCGCUGUGAACUUCCCAUCCCCAGAAGCCCUGGACUCCAUCUACAGUAAGAUCCUAGGCUUCCACCUCCAGCAGCACCAUUUUAGUCCUGCAGUGCUCAGAACAAGUGGGGCUGUGAUCCAAGCCUCCAUAUGGCUCCACCACAGAAUGGUCCAGAACUUUCUGCCCACCGCUGUGAAGUUCCACUACAUCUUCAACCUCCGUGACCUCUCUAACAUCUUCCAGGGUCUCCUUUUCUCCACUAUGGAGUGUCUGAGGCGGGACACCGACCUGGUCCAACUGUGGCUUCACGAGACCAGCAGGGUGUACUCUGACAAGCUGGUGGAGGCCAAAGACCGUGAGCUGUUCCACAAACUGCAGCUGGAUGCUGCACGCAAGCACUUCGAGGGGGUAGAGGACCACAUCCUGCUGCAGCAGCCCCUCAUAUUCUGCCACUUCACCCAGGGGGUUGAGGAGUCCCGCUACAUGCCAGUAACAGAGUGGGACACGCUCAGGAACAUCCUGGAGGAGGCGCUAGAGAGCUACAAUGAGCUGAACGCAGCCAUGAAACUGGUGCUUUUUGAGGAUGCCAUACAGCAUGUCUGUAGGAUCAGUCGGAUCUUGGAGGCAUCCCGAGGGUAUGGGCUGCUGGUGGGGGUGGGCGGCAGCGGCAAGCAGAGCUUGACCCGCCUUGCAGCAUAUCUGUCCUCCCUCGAUGUCUUUCAGGUCACCCUGCGGAAGGACUACAGCAUCCAGGACCUCAAGGCGGACCUCGCUGGUCUGUACAUGAAGACUGGGGUGAAGAACCUUCCAACUGUGCUGCUCCUGACAGAUGCUCAGAUCCCGGAGGAGCGCUUCCUGGUGCUCAUCAAUGACCUGCUGUCAUCAGGAGAAAUCCCAGACCUCUUCAGUGAUGAGGAAGUGGAUGGCAUUCUGGCUGUGAUUCGUCCUGAGGUUCGAGGACUUGGUCUGCUGGAUAGCAGGGAGAACUGCUGGAGGUUCUUCAUCGACCGAGUCCGACAACAACUCAAGGUGGUGUUGUGCCUGUCUCCCGUGGGGAGCACUCUCCGUGUCAGGGCCCGGCGCUUCCCGGCUCUGGUCAGCUGCACCGCCAUCGACUGGUUCCACGAGUGGCCCCCACAGGCACUGCAGUCCGUCAGCCGCAGGUUCGUCCAAGAGAUCGAGGACAUCGAGCCCUGCGUCCAGGAAUCCAUCAGUCUUUUCAUGGCGCAUGUUCACACCAGUGUCAACCAGGCGAGUGAAAAAUACCGGCGGAAUGAGAAGAGGCACAAUUACACCACCCCCAAGAGCUUUCUCCAGCAGAUCAGCCUGUACAGGAGCCUGCUGGGGAGCAGGCGUGCCGAGCUGCGGCGCAAGAUGGAGCGGGUCCACAGCGGCCUGCAGAAGCUCCAGACGACCGCCUCCCAGGUGGAGGAACUGAAAGUGAAGCUUAGCUCACAGGAAGUGGAGCUGAACCUGAGGAACCAAGACACUGAAGCUCUGCUGACCAAGAUUGGGCUUCAGACAGAGAAAGUCAGCCAGAAGAGACGGACUGCUGAUGUGGAGGAGCAGAGGGUCGCAGCUAUCCAGGCGGAGGUGUUUCUGAAGCAGAAGGACUGUGAGACAGACCUAGCCAAGGCGGAGCCUGCCUUAGAGGCUGCCACGGCAGCACUGGACACACUCAACAAGGUGAACCUGACAGAGCUGAAGACGUUCCCCAAUCCCCCACCGGCUGUGAGCAAUGUGACAGCUGCUGUCAUGGUGCUGCUCGCCCCCCAUGGGCGGCCGCCCAAAGACCGGAGCUGGAGAGCCGCCCGGGCCUUCAUGGGCAAGGUCGAUGAUUUCCUGCAGGCAUUGGUGACGUACAACAAAGAGCACAUCCCAGAGACGUGCCUCAAUGUGGUCAGGGAGGAGUACCUGAGCAACCCAGAGUUCCACCCCGACUUUGUCCGCACCAAGUCUUUCGCGGCUGCUGGGCUCUGUGCCUGGACCAUCAACAUUGUCCGAUACUACGAGGUUUACUGUGACGUUGCACCAAAGAGACAGGCUCUGUCCCAGGCCAACACUGAUCUGGACGCAGCCACAGGAAAGCUCCUUGCCAUCCGCAAGAAGCUGCAUGAUUUGGAUGCGAACCUCCGAGGUCUCACAGCCCAGUUUGAGAAGGCUGCAGCGGAGAAAGUGCGCUGCCAGGAGGAAGUAUCUCGCACCAACCACACCAUCGAGCUGGCCAACCGGCUGGUCAAAGGCCUUGAGUCUGAACAUGUGCGCUGGACAGAGGCUGUGCAGCAGUUCGAGGCCCAGCAGAAGACACUUUGCGGAGACGUUCUCCUGACAGCUGCAUUCGUCUCGUAUGUGGGCUAUUUUACCCUGCCGUACCGCCAGGAGCUGCUCCAGGCCUCAUGGAUCCCUUUCCUCAAAGCCCAGAAGGUCCCUAUCCCCCUGACAGACGGCUUGGACCCCGUCCUCAUGCUCACGGACGACGCCACACUGGCCGCCUGGAACAACGAGGGGUUGCCAAGCGACAGGAUGUCCACUGAAAACGCUGCCAUCCUGGCCAACUGCGAGCGCUGGCCGCUGUUGAUAGACCCACAGCAGCAGGGCAUCAAGUGGGUCCGGAAUCACUUUGGACCGGACCUGAAGGUGGUGAAACUGGGCCAGAAAGGAUAUCUGGUUACCAUCGAGCAAGCCCUGGCUGCUGGGGAGACGGUUCUGAUUGAGAACCUGGAGGAGACGGUCGACCCGGUUCUGGAUCCACUGCUGGGUAGAAACACCAUUAAGAGAGGAAGGUACAUCCGGAUUGGGGAUAAGGAGUGUGAGUACCACAGUGGUUUCCAGCUCCUUCUCCACACCAAGCUGGCAAACCCCCACUUUCCCCCAGAGCUGCAGGCCCAGACCACCCUCAUCAACUUCACUGUGACACGGGGCGGCCUGGAGGAGCAGCUGCUGGGUGAGGUGGUGACCCAUGAGAGACCUGACCUGGAGGUCCUCAAGUCGGAGCUCACUGCGCAGCAGAACCACUUCAAGAUUGAGCUGAAGUUCCUGGAGGAUGAGCUGCUGACGCGACUCUCAGCUGCAGAGGGCAGCUUCCUGGGUGACACCGCCUUGGUGGAGAAACUUGAGAACACCAAGCGCACAGCUGCAAACAUACACAGCAAGGUGGACGAAGCCAAGGAGAACGAGACGAAGAUCAACGAGGCCCGAGAGCUCUACCGCCCAGCAGCCGAGAGAGCAUCGCUGCUCUACUUCAUCAUCUGCGACCUCAGCAACAUCAACCCCAUGUACCAGUUCUCCCUCAAGACCUUCAACACUGUGUUUCACAAAGCCGUCGAGCGGGCGGAGAGAGCAGAGGAGGUGACGGAGCGAGUCCACAAUCUCAUGGAGGCUGUUACCUACUCUGUAUUCUUGUACACCAGCCAGGGCCUCUUUGAGAGGGACAAGCUCACCUUCCUGUCACAGACCACCUUCCAGAUUCUCCUAAUGAGAGGGUCAGUCGACGCUCAGGAGCUGGACUUCCUGUUGCGCUUUCCUGUGGACUGCAGUAGGGGGAGUCCUGUCCAGUUCCUGUCUCCACAGGCCUGGGGUGCCAUCAGGACGAUAUCCACUCUGGAGGAGUUCCGUGGGCUGGACAGGGACAUCGAGGGGUCAGCGAAGCGCUGGAAGAAGCUGGUGGAUUCUGAGUGUCCUGAGAAGGAGAGGUUUCCUCAGGACUGGAAAAACAAGAGCUCCCUGCAGAAGCUUGUAAUGCUGAGGGCCCUGCGGCCAGACAGGAUGACUUACGCGCUCAGGAACUAUGUGGAGGAGAGCCUGGGGCCGAGGUACGUGGACAGGACGAGGGUGGAGUUCGAGAAGUCCUUUGAAGACAGCGGCCCGGCCACUCCUGUCUUCUUCAUACUGUCCCCUGGUGUCGACCCACUCAAAGAUGUGGAGAACCUUGGGCGGAGGCUUGGCUUCACCAUUGACCAGGGGAAGCUGCACAACCUGUCUCUGGGACAGGGUCAGGAGGGGGUGGCGGAGCGCACACUGGAAAGGGCGUCAAGGGACGGACACUGGGUCAUCCUGCAGAAUGUGCACCUGGUGGCGCGGUGGCUGGGUACCCUAGAGAAGCUGCUGGAGACUGCAGGCAAAAACAGUCACCCGGACUACAGGGUGUUCAUCAGUGCCGAGCCGGCAAAGUCACCCGAGGAGCACAUCAUUCCCCAGAGUAUCCUGGAGAACGCCAUUAAAAUCACCAACGAGCCCCCCACCGGCAUGCAUGCCAAUCUGCACGCCGCCCUCAGCAAUUUCAACCAGGACACAUUGGAGAUGUGCUCUCGGGAGCAGGAGUUUAAGGGCCUCCUCUUCUCACUCUGCUACUUCCAUGCCUGCGUUGCCGAGAGACGUAAAUUCGGGCCACAGGGGUGGAACCGAAGCUACCCCUUCAACACAGGGGAUCUCAACAUCUCGGUCAACGUGCUCUACAACUACCUUGAGGCAAACACCAAGGUGCCCUGGGAAGACCUUUGCUACCUAAUUGGCGAGAUCAUGUAUGGGGGACACAUCACUGAUGACUGGGACAGACGACUCUGCCGCACCUACCUCCAAGAGUACAUGCAUCCCAGCAUGUUUGAAGGAGAGCUGUUUCUCUGCCCAGGGUUUCCUGCACCUCCCAACCUGGACUACAGUGGUUACCACAGUUACGUGGACACCUACCUCCCUCCAGAGAACCCCGCCAUGUAUGGCCUGCACCCCAAUGCUGAGAUCGAGUUUCUGACCGUCACGUCCGACACCCUCUUCAGGACACUGCUGGAACUGCAGCCCCGGGACGCUGCAGAUGGGGAGGGGGCAGCCCAGAGUGCAGAGGAGAAGGUUAAAAGCGUCUUGGAUGACAUCUUGGAAAAGCUUCCAGAGGAGUUCAACAUGGCAGAAAUAAUGGCGAAAACACCUGAACGCAACCCCUACAUCCUAGUGUGUCUCCAGGAAUGUGAACGGAUGAACAUGCUGCUAGAGGAAAUACGGAGAUCACUGAAAGAGCUGGAUCUGGGACUGAAGGGAGAGUUGACCAUCUCCUCAGAAAUGGAAGCUUUGCAGGGAUCUUUAUUCUAUGACAGUGUCCCGGAGCUGUGGACCAGGCUGGCUUACCCAUCCACCUAUACACUCGCACACUGGUUCAGUGAUCUCUUGUCGCGAUGUCGAGAGCUAGACACCUGGACACAGGACUUGGUUCUUCCUGCUGUGGUCUGGCUGUCAGGACUCUUCAAUCCCCAGUCUUUCCUCACAGCUAUAAUGCAGUGCAUCGCCCGUAAGAAUGAGUGGCCUUUGGACAAGAUGUGUCUGACGGUAGACGUGACAAAGAAGAACAAGGAAGAUUAUGGCCACCCGCCACGAGAAGGAGCCUACAUCCAUGGCCUUAGCAUGGAAGGUGCACGCUGGGAUACCCAGACGGGGCUGAUCACGGAUGCCCUUCUGAAAGAGCUGACCCCUCCUAUGCCCGUGCUGUACAUUCGAGCUGUGCCUGCUGACCGCCAGGAGCUGAGCAACACGUACGAGUGUCCUGUGUACAAGACCAAGGUCCGUGGGCCUACAUAUGUCUGGACCUUCCACCUCAGAACCAGAGACCCUCCUGCCAAGUGGGUCCUGGCUGGAGUGGCCCUUCUACUGUCUGUGUGAGAACACUGCGCUGGACUGGA